AUGGUGCAUUUGGCACUGGGCACUAUGAUGUUUACCAUCAGCACUGGCCAGCCAAUAUUGAUGGAGCAGCAAGACCUUAGUGGUGUCAAGACAUUUGUGAAUAUUUCAGGAGAAUCUGUGAAGACGAUGAUGGUAUUGUUCCACGGGUGCAACAAUCAGGGCCACGACUGGUUUCAAAAGCCUGAGGAAAUUGUGUUUUUGCACAAAGCGAUUUUGAGGAAGAUCGCAGUGGUAGCGUUUACAAACCCUCGCCAUCGAGGAAAUUUUUGCUGGCCAAGUCCAGAUGAGGAAUAUUUUUUGGAAGCCACCGAUUUGCUCCACAGAGCACUGCUGGAGUUGCUUGACUCGCUGAAGAAGCCGCCGAAACCGCUGGUUGUCUUCUCUGUGUCCUUGAUAUUGGUGGGAGCUUCCUCUGGUGGAAUUUUUGCGUCGCGCUUGCCAGCAAUUUGGCGGAACAAGCUGCUCAAUCUCGCACAGGUGACAGCAUUUCUUUCUGUGGUUUCUCCCACAAGUUUCGUAAGGAAAACCCAGCUUUUGGAGCAGCCGGGAGCAGACUUCCCUCCAACAGGCCUGGUCUACAUGCCAAGAGACACUACAUUUGCAUCUGAGGAGGCUAUCGAAACAUUCUUGGGCAGCCUGCACCAAGCUGGUGUUGCUGCCAAGGCUUGGGCACUUGCACCACAACAGCUGACCGCGGAGACUCUGAUUGCGAGCCUUCAAAUUGCGGGGAUAUUUGUCGAGGACAAAGCAGUGCAAAAGUUUAUUGAGGCUUUGACAGACCUUGGACUACUUAUGGAUGGAGAGGUCAUAGAGGACCCUAGGCGCAUUCCUUGGCGCAGAGCUGUGGCACUCUUGGACGCUGGAGUGCAAGGACAUUCUCGCCAACAUCGACACAGGUGCUUGGAGGAAGUCUUGAACCGUGCCUGGGCGCAGCAUGAGUUUGGCAUGGAUGCCGAGGUGAUUGAUUGGUUGUUGUACCAGUCAAAUGCCCAGGCCUGGCGUAGUUUGGAAGAGGGCUAUCAUUAUACGAUCAUUGCUUCAUAA